GGCCAUUCAUCGCUAGAUACGAAUCCCUCGUCAGAGUCACGUUGUUACGGCACAGUUGCUGAAUCUGAGAGUUGACUCAAGGGUCGACGGCUUCCCCGAGAUAUAAGAGAUGCUAUGGGUGCCCGGUAUGAUGUCUUGGAUGGAACAAGAAGUAGAUCCGCGAUCAAUGCGAAGCGUGCAAUUUCAUAUACCGAAAAGACAUGAACUGUAUGGGAAAUGGCUACAAUUGCGAGAAAGAAAGCUUGGAGACCAAAAUCCAAAACUGGCUGUCUCACUUGUCGAAUUCGUCGUGUCAAAUGCGGAGAAGAAAAACCAGGGUGCUUUCGAUGCACGAAGACUGGACGUAAAUGCGAUGGCUAUGAUUCAGACCGUUCAGAGAUGUCGAUUGCCCCACUGGAACGAAGGGAUAGUGUGGUUUCUUCGUCGGAUACAAGCCUGGUUGGUAGCCCCAUCAUGAGUCCUGCCCCAAGAAUAGUCGCAACGCCUUCUCCAGUCAUUGAAUGGGAUGAAGAAGAGCGAAGAAGCUUCAAUUUCUUCAUCAACAAGACAGCACCAGAACUAGCGGGUAAUUUUGAAUCUAAAUUCUGGACCGGUCUCGUUUUGCAGAGGUGUCACUCGGAUCCGCCCAUUCGCCAUGCAGUCAUUGCUUUGGGAGCCUUCAACGAGUCCUUUAAGUUUGGUGAUAUCAAACUGCUGGAAGCGGGAGCGAUUGUUGACCAGAAGCAACGAUUUGCCCUGCUACAGAAUAUUAAAGCUAUACGGUACCUGACGGGUCAUCUCUCGCAUGGAAGUCAUCGCCAAUCUUCAGAAAUAAUUCUGAUGUCUUGUCUUUUGUUCAUUUGCUUUGAAGCAAUGCAAGGGAAUUAUCAAGCUGCAUUUGCUCAUCUAAACAGUGGGCUAAAAAUUUUAAGCGAUUGGAUGGAGAGAAAUGAACAGAAUCCUCUCGCCCAUCCAGAGUCAAGCGCGAAUUGGGAAUUCAUCCGCUCAGAACUAGUACCUUUAUUCAGAGCUGUAGACAUCCAGGCGAUCAGAAUACUACCAACUAGCUUUAUUCAGUGGGAAAUGGCAAGUGGGCUCACGAAGUUUGAUUUUGAGCCCCAGACUAGCAUACCAGAUCCUAUUUCAUCGCUGAACGAAGCAAAACAUCAUCUACAAAACCAGACCCGUGCAAUUCUGAUAUACCAUCAAAAUUCAGCACAGUAUUAUAGCCCAGAGAUGCCAAAUAAUGACGACACUCUACGCUCAAGAAGCAUGAAUGCUAUCGUGGAAGAAAAGAGAGAGCGAGUUCUGCAGCUUGAACAGUGGUCCCAAGUCUUCAACAACUUUGCACAAGCAGCAGGUCAAAAAAUGAAUACGAAUGAUCUACGCGCAUCAAUAUCGCUAAAACUUCAUCAUGUCGCCAACAAACUAAUUCUCGAAACUGCGCAAUUCGAGACUGAAUUGAACUACGAUCGAUAUAUGGAUCAGUUCGAGCUAAUGACUUCACUAGCUGAAUCUCUUCUCAAAUCUUACGGUGAUUCAAGGCUGGAAAAUGGACGGGUGUUUUCUUUUGAUACUGCAAUAAUACCACCGUUGCUAUGUGUGGCAUGCAAAUGUCGUGAUGCUUCGCUACGCAGGAAAGCACACGCUCUUCUGGUUAGUUCUUUCAAACGAGAAGGUAGUUGGGAUAGUGAAUUCGCGAGUAGUAUCGGUAGAUGGACUAUAGAUAAGGAAGAGAAGGGUCUAGAGAAUAUUUCAAGAGCGGAAGAAGUAGUGGAAUCAUCUCGGAUCGCAGUGACAGAAAUAACAUCUCAUGGACGACGAAAGGCAUUGAUCAAAUUCAGACAAGGUACUCUUCAGGAUUAUGGAAAGCUUCAAGAAGAAUGGAUUGUAUGGUGAUGAUUUGUGCUUCUAGUCACAAGGACGCUGGUAGUUCAUCGAGACUGUAUAUUUUGAAUACAAUUAUUUAGGUCAUUGAAGACAUCCUUCUUCUUGCAAACUUCCUGUUGGUGAUUUACCCACAAUCUUUGCAGAACCUAGCCGCCA